CGCCCACAAACCCCCCAAAUACACAAGCCAAAGAGCACAAACUUCGACCAAAAGAUGCAAAAGAUGAGAAACACAAUAGCCUCCAUAACCAUUGCUUUUCUCCUUCUUCUUCUUCUUCUUCUUCAUGUCUCCGUUUCAUCCGCAGCCUCAUAUGAUGACAAUAAUUCUUUGUACACAAGAUUUCUCCAGUGCCUAGAAAACCACACAAACCCGUCAUCCCAAGUCUCAAACCAAGUCUAUUCCCAAUCAAACACUUCAUACACUUCAGUUCUACGAGCAUACAUCAGAAAUGCCCGCUUCAACUCAUCCUCAACCAACAAGCCCCUCCUCAUCGUCACCGCCUCGCACGAGUCGCACGUGCAGGCGGCGGUUAUCUGUGCCAAAUCCAUCGGCCUGCAGCUCAAAAUCCGCAGUGGCGGCCACGACUACGCCGGCAUUUCCUACGUCUCCGACUCCCCCUUCGCCAUCCUCGACAUGUUCCAACUCCGAUCGAUCUCCGUCGAUGUCGCUGACGAGUCCGUCUGGGUCGAAUCCGGGGCGACGCUUGGUGAAUUGUACUACAGAAUUUGGGAGAAGAGCAAGGUUUUGGGAUUCCCCGGCGGAGUUUGCCCGACGGUCGCCAUCGGCGGACACGUCUCCGGCGGCGGGUACGGACAAAUGAUAAGGAAGUAUGGGUUGGCCGUCGAUCAAGUCCUUGACGCGAAGAUCGUCGACGUGAAUGGAAACAUUCUGGACAGGAAGGCCAUGGGAGAAGAUCUUUUUUGGGCGAUUCGAGGUGGCGGUGGCGCGAGUUUUGGCGUGAUAUUGUCGUACAAGUUGAAGCUUGUCCCUGUGCCGGAAACCGUUACGGUUUUUAGGAUGGAGAGGAUUUAUGACCAGAACCAGAGCGUAACCGACUUUGUUUAUGAGUGGCAGAAGGUGGCGCCGGCGACGGACGACGGGCUUUUCAUGAGGAUGCUGAUUCAGCCGAUAACUUCGCGGGUUCGGAGGCCGGAGAAGACGAUUAGAGCGACGAUUGUAACCAUGUUUUUGGGCAAUGCUGAUCAACUUGUAUCCUUACUGGACAAGGAGUUUCCUCUUUUGGAGUUGAAGAAAGAGAAUUGUAUGGAGAUGAGUUGGAUAGACUCUGUUUUGUGGUGGGCUAAUUUUGACAACGGGACUUCACCGGAAGUUUUGCUCGACCGAGAUCUCGAUUCCGCGAAUUUUCUGAUAAGGAAGUCGGAUUAUGUUCAGACUCCGAUUUCGAAAGACGGGUUGGAGUGGCUGUGGAAGAGGGUUACUGAAUUGGGCAAAACCGGAUUUGUUUUCAAUCCUUAUGGCGGCAAGAUGAACGAAAUUUCUCCGGCCGAUGCGCCUUUUCCUCAUCGCGCCGGCAAUCUGUACAAAAUUCAGUACUCCGUGAAUUGGGAGGAGUCCAGCCCCGAAUUGGAGAAGAAUUAUACAACGCAGAUAAGAAGGCUUUUCAGUUACAUGACUCCGUUCGUGUCUAAGAAUCCUAGACGUGCUUUCUUGAAUUACAGAGACUUGGACAUUGGGGUGAAUAGUUUUGGUGAAAAUAGCUAUGAAGAAGGGAAGGUUUAUGGGGUCAAGUACUUUAGUGAUAAUUUUGAUAGGUUGGUGAAGGUGAAGACUGCGGUUGAUCCCGAGAAUUUCUUCAGGAAUGAACAGAGUAUCCCAACUCUAUCAAGUAAGGCAUAAAGGAAAUUUACCAGUCACACACGGCUUGUUGUAGUUGUGAUAUAUUUGGUUACUAGAAUAAACGAUUUACUCCAUUGGGUAUUUUGUGAUGUUGCUAUUGGUAAUUAAUUACCCCAUUUGAUAUAGUGAAAUACAGAAAUUUUGAGCGUUCAAAAGUGUUUUUUUUAUCUUUCUCAAGUCGAGCAUAUUUAAGACUAGAUGUGACAUGUAUGGGAAAUUAGCGUACAAUAUAUUCAAUUUAGUUAGCAGCAACGAUCAAAACCUUGCGUGAUUGAUGGUUCUGUUUGUUAAGUUAGUUUUACAUCACCUUUUGGUAAUGUUAAAGGACUUUUUACCCUUUUGGAAAUCUAACUUGUGUACUUUGAAGAGGGCUCAAAAGUCAUUGAGUUGAAUUAAUUGUUGGUGACCAAAUUAAUCAUAU